GUAUACUUGAAGAAAUUGGGAACACCUUAAAAUUUGUCAUCUAUGAAUUGGAUUAGUCAGUCAUAGUUAUUCAAUAACAUAGACAAGAUAAAUAAACAAUAGACAUAAGUUAUAGUCAUAAUAAUACAUAAUACUUAUGUACAAGUUAAAGCAUAAAGAAAAGAUGAUUCAAUGAUCAAUUGAACGAAAUAUAAUUUCCAUUUACGGAUGGUUUACGAUCCUAUAAGAAUUAAACAUUAUUAUUACUAUCAUUGGCAUUUUAUUGCGUGAGAUUAUCCGUUCCUCUACUGAUUAUGAUGUAUAUUAAACAAUAUAAUUUCACUGAAGCUAUGAUUGUAUUUUUCUAAUAUCUUCUGUGAUAUUCAAUAACAAUUAGGAUUAUUCUUAUUAUUAUUCUUGUCUGGGCUAUUAGUACUACUACUAUUUUUAUUACAAUCAUUAAUAAUAAUACCUUAUAUCACAUUAUUAUAUGAUAUCACUCAGUUCAGCUGGUAAUCGACGUCCAGCUACAUCACAUAGUACAUCUGAUUAUUGUCCAGAAAGAGAAAAUCUAGAACGUAACUUAUCCGAUGCACAGAAAAAAUGUCAUACAAUGGAUACAAGUGAACGUGAUAUGAGAAAUCUUAUUUUACGCGCUGAAGAAGAUAAAAAACGUUUAGCUCAAAGAAUAGAAAAAUUAACUGCAAAUGAACGAGCUCUAGUUCUAGAAUUAGAAAGACUUAAACGACAUGGUGGUACAAGCGAUGGUCGAACUAAACGUAUCAGUCAAUUAGAUGAAUUUAUAUCUGGAAUUGAAGCAGAUCGUGAUUAUUGGCGUGGACAAGUGGAAAUAUUGCAACAAAUGUUAAAUUAUCCUUCAUUAACAAGUGGAACUGAAGGUAGUGGGAUUGGACGUACAACAACAAGUAGUCGAUUGAAAAGUAAACCACCUACUGGACAACAUACAACAACACCAAGUAAAUUAGGUGGUUCUUUAAAAGAUGCAAAACAAAGAAAACUUGAACAACAAGUCCAAGAACUACGUGUUGAAAGAGAUUUACUACGUCAAGAGUUAGAUAGUAUAACACGAUCUCGUCAUAGAAGUCCAUCACCAGUGACUAGAUCAAGAUCAUUAAAUCGAUUUCAGACUCGAGACGAUUACACGGAGUUGACUAAACUUCGACAAGAACGCGAUGAAUUACGAAGUUUACUCAAUAAACUAGAACAUAGAGUUCAAGAAAUUCAGCGUAAUGUUCAUACACUUACACAAGAAAGAGAUCAAAUUAACAAAUUAUACAACGAUUCACGAAGUGAAAUACACCGAUUACAUCAAGAUCUUUAUGCAAUGCAUGAAACUGGUGAUCGAAAUACACAAACUACACAAACUGUUUUACGACGUGUUGAAUCAGAACGAGAUCGUGCAUUAGUUGAUUUAUCCAGAGUAACUGCUGAACGUGAUAGUUUAAUUACAAAAUAUAAAAAUUGUACAGAAAAUGCUCAUGCAGAUAAAUUACGUUUAACUAAUCAAUUGGAUCAUUUAGAAAAUAGUUUAAAUCAAGUUGCAGAAGAACGAGAUGAAGUAAUCAGACGUGUAUCUAUGCAUCGACUACGUAUAGAUGAAUUACAACAACGUCAACAACAGUUAGAGGAUAGUUUGGCUGAACGACAAGAAUUACUUAAAAAAGUAAAUGAAGAAUCAGCUCAACUCAAACAAGAAGCAGAAUUACAAAAUAAUCGUUUAGAAGAACGUGAAUUACAAAUAUCUCAAAUGAAUGAAAGAACACGUGUUAUGGAGAUGGAUUGUAGACGGUUACAUGAAAGGGUUGAUGAGUAUGAUAUGAAAUUACGUAAAGAAAGAGAUGAAUGUUCUCUCUUACGUAACCAACUACAAAAUAUGGAAGAAGAAAAAGUUAAAUUACAAUGCGACUUUGAUAAUUUAACAUGUGAACGUGAUGAUUUGGUGAAACAUCAACGUCAAAUUGAAAAAAGAGCACAAAUAAAUUUAUCAGAACGUGAUCGUUUGUCUAGACAAGUGAAUGAUUUGAAUGAUUUAAAAGAAAGUCUUGAAAAACAACUUAGACAAUUAGAGAAAGAUUAUUCUGAUCAGACAACUAAAUAUCAACUUGAACGUGAGGCAAAUGAAAAAUUACAACAACGUAUAGAUACAGCUAUUCAUAAUAAAAAUUCAAUUGAUCGAAGAGCUAAUUGGUUGGAACAACAAACAGAGGAAUUAAGAUCACAUAUAGAUCAAUUGCAACAACAAUUAUCUACUCAAAAAGAUGAAAAUAAAUGGAUGUCAGAAACUAAUGAAAAAUUGACAGCUGAUAAUGAAUCACUAAGAGUGUGUGAUUAUACUUUAUGUUUGUUAUCUAAAAAUACGUCUACUGGAGAUUUGUGGCUAAUCUAUGGUUGUCGUUCUCCAACGUCUAGUCUCCUAUUUGAAAAUGAACUAUCAGAUGCAGUAAAUUCUAAAGUAUUGAAACAUCUUUGCUUGUGUUUUUCAAGAGAUACUGUAAAUUCUCCGGAUGAAAAAUAUGCACUUAAAGAAAUUUCGUCAAUAUUAACUGAACAAGCCUGUUUUCCACUCAAAGCGCAGUAUGUUCAAGAUUGUAUCCUUUGUAAAUAUUCUACUGAUUAUGAGGUAUCCGAGCAUGAUAUUCAACUGAUGAAUCUUGUUUUCGAAAAAGGUGCUAAAAUAAUGAUUUGUGGAGGACCACGUGCUUUAGCUUUUGGAGUAUAUGAGUCGUGGCUGAGACUACUUGCUAUGCGACUUUAUUUUGAACGAACACAGAAAUGGUGUAAAUAUUCGGCCAUACCUGAAGAGGAUUUCAUAAAUGCUCGGGCAUAUGUAGAUAUAAUGCGUAAAGCAGAACGAUUUCAAGAAGAUGUAUGGGCUUAA